AUGAAUAUAUCCAUUGCUAAUGUGACAGGAGUUCCAGAUUAUCGGGAUUCCUUCACCAAGGCUGUGAUUAAGAAUGUUAUUGUUGUGGUUCUUAGCAUUUCCAUCAACUAUAUCAAUGCAGGACUCAUUCAUACGUUCUGCGGAAACCAGAUCUUCAACACAAAUCCCCGAUACAUCCUGUUUGUUCACUUGGUGAUCAAUGACAUGAUCCAAGUAACGCUGACUGUUGCACUGUUCAUCAUUAGCUAUAUCCUCUACAAGAUCCAUGUAUUUGUCUGUUGCAUCUUAAUACUGAUUGCCCUCUUCACCACUGAAAACACCCCGCUGAACCUGGCCUGCAUGGCAAUGGAGUGCUACAUCGCCAUCUGCAUCCCCCUCCGCCACGCUCAGAUCUGCACAAUCAAGAGAAUGAGGCUGCUGAUCUCUUUAAUCUGGAUCACCAGCUUGGUGUCUGUUCUCCCUGAUCUCUUCAUUACCUUGGCCACGGAGCCACUGGACUAUUUUAAUACGCGAGUGUUUUGCCUUAGGGAAACUGCUUUUCGAAGUCCAAGAAUCAUAGAGAGAAGAAAUAUUACUUAUAUUGUAUAUCUGGUUCUCGUUUGGUGCAUUAUUUUUUUCAUUUAUUUCCGCAUAAUGUUUACGGCAAGAAUAGCAAGUAGACAUGCUAAAAAGGCGAGGAACACAGUCCUCCUUCACGGGCUUCAGCUUCUUUUGUGCAUGGCAACAUAUGCAGAACACCUGGUGAAACAGGCUGUGUUGCAAUGGCUUCCUAAGUAUUACUCAGAUUCUCUGUUUGUUUGUUAUAUAAUUUUCCAAAUACUACCAAGAUCUAUUAGUUCACUUAUCUAUGGCAUAAGGGACAAAACCUUCAGGAAGCACCUAAAAAGGUAUUUACUAUGCAAGGUGAGCCUACACUGAUAUGAAUAGGGUAUAUAUAUGUCUCCAGUUUUUUCAGUCUUUUCGUGUGACCUGUAUUAAAUCUCAAAAUAACUUACUAAAACACUGUCAACUUUUCUAAGACAAUAAUGCGAAUUGCAUUGUCAAAUGUCAGAUUUAUUUUAUAAC